UGUGUAUUUCUAAAAAUGUUCCUAUUCUUUGUCAUAUUUUAUUAACCAAAAUAACUUUUUUGCACUUCAAUUUAUAAAAAAAAAAAACCUUUUGGAUAAUUUUCCUAAAUAAUUAAAAUUUAAAAAAAAAAAGUAAGACCACAUUUCGUAACACACAAUAACAAAAAGUAUCGAAACUCUGAAAACUUAAAAAAAGUUGGCAGCCCAACCUAAUAUUUUUAUUGGUUGCCGGAAGAACUUUUUUUUAUAAGCAAUAAGCGGGAAAAAUGAGCAUGGAUGGUUUAAUGAGGGCCCUGGAAUGGCUGACAGUGGAAUCGACGCUACAUCAUGCGGCUUUGGCGUCCGAGUUGUGCACAGGAAGAACUCUGGGCGAGGAUCGCGAGCCCUUGUGGGUUGAGGGCAAUAAAAAUACUCCACAGACACUUCCAAUACCAGAAGAUUUUCCAGCCCCCAAAAAGGAAAUUUCCCACCCAGCCACCACAGAUUUGGAACCCAGUAUAUCCUGCUUUCCCGACGCACAAGCCAUCAACGCCAGCAUUGUGAGACGGGAAAUGGCGGAGGAGGGCAAACGGUGCGUCCGCCAACAACUAAAGGCCCUUAAGGAAAAACAAGAUGCCCUGCGCCUUUCCCGUGUGUCCCUUCAAAAGGAGGAAGAGCUCCAACGUGAACAACUGCAGAAAAAGGCGCUGCGGGAACGAAACGAAAUCCUUCUAGUUCAGAAGGCAGAUCAAAUGACCGCGGCACAGUUGGAAGCCCAGCAGCGAGAACAAUUGGCCUUGCGCCAACAGACUGACAACAAGCUGCACAAGCUCGCUCUGGAGGGCGUUGCCCGCUGCCAACGGAGAUUCAAUCAGAAGUACGAAGGCAUAGCUAGGAUAUUACUCUCGCUCGACAAGGAAACAGUCCAAGUAUGCGCCACCCAGAACAAACAGCUUAAGGAGCUGGGCCAGAAAUUUGAGCAGCUGGUAAGCACAGUAAAAAUGGGCAAGUGCGAAAUGCAGAGCCAGUUUCUUUGCUCCAUUAUAAAAGCAGAAGAAUGCUGCAAAAGUCUAGAUGCCUUGGAAAUGGACAUAAUCAAGCAGCUGGCCGAGUUCUCCGAGCAAAUCCAGCAGCAGCUAAAAUUGGAGGCGGCCAAGAAGCAGGAGGAGGAGCGGCAGAAGCAGGCGGAGGAAGAGAAGCAGCGCCUGGAGAAGCAGGCUUUAGAGGCCAAGGAGAAACAACAACAAGCCGAGGCGGCAAAGGCAGAAGCUGCCAAAAUUUCUGCUCCGGAGGUGCCCAAACCCCAGGAAGUGCCACCGGCAGUAAGCACUGCAGCAUCCUCAUGUGUGCACCCGGAUCGACUAAAGUUCUACAACGAAAUCAUUGCACUGUAUCAGGCCAAAGUGGACGCAGUGAAGCCUCUGCAAACGGAGGAGUCGCUGAAGCAGUACCGCACCGGCUGCCAGAGGGCCAUUAACCUGCCCUUGAACGCCAUCUCAGCAGUCAGUCCGCAGCAUCUGACCCAGAACUUUGACAAGCUCUAUAGCUUCUUUGCCGGGCAGCCGGUUAAAGUCGUUAAUGGCUCGACCAUCACCAUCAACGAUCAUCCGCUUGCCCGCGACUAUUGCAUGCUACUGAUGGCCAAGAAGUUCGUCAGUCAAACGGAGACGGCAAUUUCGAGUAAUCCUCAAGCGGCCUUUCCCUUUGCCUCGGUAAUUGUCACGUUCUGGAAGCUGUUGCCCGACUUCGGCAAAGUUUUUUUGGCCUACAUGUACAAGGAGUCGCCCUUCCUGGUGCCCUAUGUAAUACCCCAGCAGCCGGAACAGACCAACGAGCAGUAUCUAAAGAGCAUUGGCUAUAGGUUGUCGGACAAAAACGAACUGGAGAAACCGGAUAUGUACCUGAAACGCCAGACGGGACUCGCUCGCCUCUACGCAGCUGUGAUUAUUACUCAAGGCAGGAAGUCAGCUGGACCGGAUCAGUGCUUUGAACUCGAGGAGGGCUGGCUGUGGUUGGCCCACAUGGUGAAUGUAAAGCCUUUGCCCGACGUCAGUGCCACGUUGAUAAUGGAGAUUUUGCAGACGCUCGGCUUCGAGAUGUGGCGCACUUACGGCAAGCAGUUUGUGAAGCUGCUAAUUUAUAUUCAAAAUAUUUACAUGCCUCAACUAGCGGCCUAUGAUGAAGGAGGCCCAAAAACGCGGCUGGAAAUGCUGCUGGCCAAGUUCCUGCGCGAGCGGCAGAUUCCACAGGCCGUUGGAAUUUUGCCGCCCGGCUUUUGGUAGUUUUACAAUUUAAGUAGUUUUGUUGAUUUUAAGGUAAAUGUGUUUGUAACUAAAAAUAAAUAACUCAUGCGAUUA